GAAGAUGAUACAUUGUUCACACAUUCGAUCAGCUGGUAGCGAGCCAUGAACAGCUCCACCGCUUCCCCUCCCAAGAGGCUUAGCAAGACUGCUUGUAACAGAAUCCAGAAAGAGCUGCAGGCUUCCUGGCAGGCCAAUCCGCCCCCUGGAUUCAAACUUAAGUCCACUGAUGAUGAUGAUGAUGAUGAUGAUCAUCAUCAUCUUCAAAGGUGGGUGAUUGAAGUAUAUGGAGCUCCUGAAACCCUGUAUGCUAAUGAGACUUAUCAGCUUCAAGUUGAAUUUCCUGAACAAUACCCUAUGGAAGCUCCUCAGGUGAUAUUUUUGUGCCCAGCUCCAUUGCACCCACAUAUAUACAGCAAUGGCCAUAUUUGUUUAGAUAUUCUGUACGAUACAUGGUCUCCUGCAAUGACGGUUCAUUCCAUCUGCAUUAGCAUUCUCUCUAUGCUAUCAAGCUCUACUGCAAAGCAACUCCCCCAAGAUAAUGACCACUACUUAAGGAAUGGGAGAUCGCCCAAGGAAACAACAUGGUGGUUUCACGAUCACAGGGUGUAACAUUAAUUCACAAGUCAAAUUGGGGCGUCCCCUGCCAUAUUCACCUCAUCCAGUUUGAUAUAGUGAUUGGAUAUAUGUAAUUAAUUAUGUAAAUGAGUCAUUUCUACCUUUCCCACUCCUAGUCAGCCAAAGCUGCCAUCUAUGUGUUCAUGUCAUGUAACUACAACAUCACUGCUAUGCACUUCUUAUUUUCCAUAUCCGAUCAAAGCAGAAUUUAUUUUAUUUG